CAGUUCUUGAUCAGUUUCCCGACCACUCCCACUUUAAUUUGCCUUAGAACAUUUAUCUGUUUCUUCGAUCUGCAAUGAGUUUCUUGUCCAAUUUAGCCAAGGGUGCUCUGUCGAAGUCCGAUUCCGACGACAAGGAUAAUAAGUCCGGGACCUCCGACCUGCUCGCCGACGCGAAGCUGGUGGCGGAAGCGGCUCAGGCCCAGUUCCACAACGAGCCGGAGAAGUACGACAAGGGUAAAGUCGCCGGCGCCGCCGCCGAUCUUCUCGACGCGGCUUCUGGCUACGCCAAGCUGGACGAGACCAAGGGAGUCGGGAAGUACGUUGACCAGGCCGAAGACUAUCUCCGCGGCUACAAUUCCGGCCAGGCUCCUCCUCCAGCCGCCGCCGCCGCCGCCGCCGAGGAGCAGAAAGCUCCGGCUUCCGACGCGCCGCCCCCGGCGAAGGACUCCGGCGAGGAAAAACCUCCCGCCGAUGCUGAGAAGCCGUCGGGCGGAGGAUAUGGAGAUUUGAUGAAAAUGGCGGGAGAUUUUCUCCAGAAGUAAUUAAUUAAUUGCUGUUUUUACGAAUUGUCGUAUGUUUUGUGUCUGUGCUUCUGAUUAGUUUGUUGUCUUUGUUUUGAUUUUGUGUAUGUAUUUGUGGGUUUCUUGUAUUAUGAAUGUUUUUAUUAUGAUAAUUAGGGCUGGGCCUUGUUCCUGGCUUUUAUGUGGGCCCAUUUGAGUUUACAUGUCAGAUCUGGUUAUCAACGGCCCAGAUUUAACUACGCUAUAAUCCACUCUUCUUUAAUA